GCCCGUUGUGGAUCCUGAUUCAUCUACCGCAGCAUUUUGGCAACGGGUACUAGUUAUAAAAACUAGUACGCACUUCACAGGAGCCGACGAUAUUUUCGUUCUGCUUAGUUGAAGAUAUCCGAAUUGAGCAACAGCGUACAAAAGGCCGAAACAUAUGCUAGGUGCAAUAACCUAUUAACAAUCGUCGCUUAGGGCUGCUCGUUCUUUCGAAUGAGCAAGUGAGCAUCACUUUCACAUUGGAUUCAUUCUUGACGAGGGUAUCCUUUUGAGUUCAUGACUCUGAUUCUGUUCUUGCGUCAGCCUUUAAUUGCUCUUCUUUUUACCGUUGCAUGGCAUUUACUAAUCAACAUAGACAACAGUGGGAUAACCACUUGUACUUUUUUUGCAUUUACUAUUCUUUCUUGACGUGGUGCGAGUACGUAGCACAUUGAGAACUUCCUUGACAUCGAAUAUGCUGGUCCAUCCUCCGCCGUACUGCCUGUGGAUCCUGAACAAAAACGGGACGUUGAUUUUCCACCAUGAAUUUCAAAGUAUGAAAGGAUAUCCGAAACUCAGAUGUUGACAGGCCUUAUCCCUGGUAUUUACAUUAGGCCACGAGAUAUCAUGACGCGACAUGACAAGUAAAGGAAGUACAAGUGCAGUUGGAAGGACAGUAAUAUUACUAUCAAAAUAUUACAGAAGAUCGUGGAGCAAUAUCCAAAUCCAACCUCCUCCGUUUAUAUCUAUCUUGUCUUGCUUUUUUUACGAGAUGAGCCUCUUAUUACUCACAGGGGCAUGUUUAUUUCUCAAUGGUACUAGCUUUGCUCGACGACGAGUAUGUUCCUCUCCACCUGCAACAAAGUAAGCUCAUAGAAAGGUCAAUGGAGUACUCUUUCAUUACACGUGUUAGAUAGAUACUCAUACUAGUUUCAACUCCCUUUCCCACCUGUCCCGUGAAUCAUACUACGCGGUUUACGGCCAAUGAUCGAAUUCGGCUGGCAAGCACCCUACAUGGCAUUUCCGUGAUCUCCGAUAAUCUGGGCUCGACCGUCGCCGCGAACCCGAAAUGCGUUGCACCAUUAAGCACAGUGGUCUUUUAAUAGACUCCCAUAGUACCUACGUGUGUUGUGAGGCGUCAUGGACAUGGAUCCUAAAGGCAUUUGCACUCUGGCUCUGCCCCACGACGUCUUUCUUCUAAUUGGAUUUCGUCUGCGCAGUCGUCUAAGCGAAGAAUUCGAACUGCAAGGGCCACGAGGGGGCAGGCACUAUCCUGACACUUACUCUUACUCGGAUCAGAAUAAUGGCAAGAAAACGUAGCAGUUCCUCUAAACCCAGACCCCUCGCCGCCUUGUCGAAAUGAGGAACAUGUUGGCUGCUUACCGCUUACUCCAGCCACCAACAACGGAUCGGGAGUACCCUCGCAGCUGCCUUCAGAUGAUGCAAUAUUAUCUUGCCCAUGGCAGCCAGCUUAUGGAGGAAGAGAUAGUGAGAAGGUUAGAGCUUAAGUAAAUUUUUAGUUUUCCCGUACGUAUAAUUAAUGGUUAGGUGGAUCUUUAUGACGGACAUCAACACUUUUCAAUUGACUUUUUAUAUAUCUAUAUAUUAUAGGAUAGCUAUCUGUAUCAAGGUGUUCAUCAUCAUUAUUGCGAAGAAAGGAGCCCCUCCUUACUGUCUGAUCCACGUAGUUGGAUGUUCUUUACUCUCGCUUCAUAACACGACGCCGCAAGCGCACGCAACAGCCGGCCAAAAGCUCUACAGGAUACCCCGAGGCCUGCACUCGUUCCUGCCAGGCAACUUGACUAACCUUGUUGGCGCGGAGCUUCCAGGCGCUGUGACGCUAGCCUCCUUAUCAAGUGUAUGCGAAGGCAGCACAAUUUCUUCCUUGCACUAAGAGAGACUAAUGAUCCUCGCAAUAGCCCAUUUGUUCUCCGAUAAAACUGGCUCUGCCUUUGACUACGUGCGUCCUUCAUUAGUUUUUCAGAAAUUCAAAUUGUGGGCACGAAAUAGCUAGCGUUUGGUUUUCAGUAUAUUAUGGUAGAAAACACAAGUAAUAUCAACGCCAACCAACUAUUGUUCAUACUGAUCAUUUUUUCAUAGUAGCUGCGAGAGAUGCCAGGACGUGUGGCCGCGAACGCAGGAGUGAAGAGCAGAGGCCUAGAAAUCUAUGAAUCGGCGAAACCGGUGGUCAGAGCACAGGAAUCAGAAGGAAUAUCGACAGAGCUCGAAGAGGUUGGCGGAGGAAGCUCGUCUGCGUCCUGCGGAUAUUCUCAACAUCAAUUGCGACAAAUUUCACAGUAUGGCACAAAAAGCAAAAGUCUCCUCUUCCUCAUAGUCAUAAGAUGAAGGAACAUCAAAUACAAUACUAGACCUGCUCCUUCUCUAAUCGCAAAAGCACCAAGAAGAAAAUCUUGCUGCCCACCGCCGUCAUUUAUGGUCAAGAAUUGGCACUCAAUUCUCUCGUCAUUUUCUCGAGGGCAUCCUCUUCCCAUAUACAAUACAAGGGAAGAGGUACCGAGACGUGGGGUCAUCUAAGUAGAUGAAUUGAAGCACGCUCUAAGCCAUUGCAAAGUGGGGAGUGAAUCGACGAAACCAGAGGGACUGCGAGCGUGUCUUAGACCCCGUGGGUUACGCCGAAUUCAAGGCGAGGACUUCCAGAUCUAUAUGCGGCAAAGUCUUUCACACAUCCGCUUCAUACUCAUUACUGGUACCUACUAAGUAUUUAGUACUCUACUAGCAACGGCGACCCGCCUCGUUUAUUGUACCAGGCCUUUUGAAGAUUUUCAUGGUACUUCAGACCACACCUAUGUAUAGAUAUUGUAGGUAGUUGUAAGUAGAUCAUCUACAACUUCAUAUUUCUAGACUGUCAUACUUGUGUCGUCGUGGGUAAUUGUCGAAUUUCUCUGACUGGUCUAGUCCCUCUCGUCAAACAUAGCCAAUGAUGACGGGAGAUCCAACUUGUCUAGAACUCGAAGAUUCCUUUCAUAUAGAUGGUCUUCAAAUCUGUUGCACCACCCAUUCUAGAUUCUACGCAUGAUUCCCGGCGAGCGCAGGAGUACCUCGACAAGUUCUAUGCUGCUUUUUCCGCCUACGUCAUGCAGGAUCCCUUCCAGGUCUCCCUGGAUCUUCCGGUGAACUCAGAGUUAUUCGAGCACACGAUAAGGAAAAUAGUAAUGCAAGCAAGUUCGGAUGAAUAAGCAAAUCAAUGGGUGAUGCGCGCAGGUGCGGAAAAUAGCGACGCAGACAAGUGUCAAAACCGCUCUCGAAUGUUCUGUCACUAAGUGGUCGUGUCUAACAUUAACUUCUUCCUUCAACAUGAGAGGAGAGGAUAUACAAGAUAUUUUUGUGCUAAUUUCAUAUGGUGGAAUAGAGUCUCAUGCGUUAAUCGCGCGGAACAUCUUCCUGGAAAGCAGGUACAAGAAUUGGAAGCACCUUUUUUCCUGACUAUCAAUCGCACAGUAUUGCCCGAAGAGAUGCUCGGGCUGAAGAGUGUCGCAUUUGUCUGCUCUCAUUACUCACGACACUCGUAAACCCUCAACUAGAGAAAAGCGGGAAAUAAACAACAGGACACAAUGAUUGUAAAAACGGAAUGUUCUACUAUAGAGA